GGGAAUAAGGCUUCCACAACGGACCUCACGAACGUUCGCUGUCUCACUCUCGUUUUCUUCUAGCUGCUUUGCUUCAGGAUCCUGGACCAUAUCUGGGAUUUUGAAUGCAUUGGUGUUAAUCGGGAAAAGUUUGUUGUCUUGUCCUGAUCUAGCUGCCGCGGUACCUUUCCGACUACCAACUCGUGUUCAACACGUUGCUCGCUCGUUUCAUCCACUUUCCCGCGCAACCACAUCCUCCAAGAUUGGCCUCCGGUCCUUGCUGGCCUGAUUGGAACGCGUCUGCCACACGAGGACAGUCCGCAUUCCGAACUUGUAUAGUCGGAAAUUGUCGUGCAGUGAUACGUUUAUUUCGGUGCGCUGAUCAACGUGCAAACAACGAGGCCAUCAUCUUGAGGGAUUGCUAGAAGGGCAGCCAGGAAACAAUAAUUAUGCACCGCUUGCGCAAGAAGUCAGACACUAAGCGCAGUCAGGCUGCGGCACCUGUGCGUGCCCAACCUCCAGAACCCAUGCCAACGUUGUCUCUUGCAGACGACUUCCGCACGUCAUUGAUCUUGCCAGA